UUUUUCUCUUAUUUAUUUUCUCCUUCUUCAUCCUUCUUCUCCUCAUUCUCUCUGCAAAUUGCAAAACGUUCAUUUCUGCAAUUCACCUCUCGAACCUUCUUCUCCGAUUCCUCAAUUGACCCAUGGCUCCUGACACCUCACCCUCCCCAUCACUCAGACCGCUCAGCUUCUGCCGCCGCACGCAUGCGCCGGAGUCGCCGGUGCUGAAGUGGAAGUCAUUGGAGGAGGUAAUGGCGAAGGCGCGCUACACGGUGGUGGAGCGCGAGGAUUACGACGACCUCAUCUGUGAUCAAUGCGGCUCCGGCGACCGGCCGGACGAGCUGCUCCUCUGCGACAAAUGUGACAAAGGCUUUCACAUGAAAUGUGUGAGGCCGAUCGUCGUCAGGGUUCCGAUUGGAUCAUGGAUUUGCCCUGAUUGCUCCGGGAUGACGAGUGUUAGGAGAUUGACGCAGAAGAGAAUAUUGGAUUUCUUCAGGAUUCGGAGGCGUGAUUUUGCUAGAAAAUGCACAGCUCCUUCUAGGGAUGCUAGGAGGCGUCGGAGAACUCGACCUCUGGUAGUCCAGAAGAAAAAGAGGAGACUGUUACCAUUUAUUCCUUCAGAAGAUCCUGUCCAGAGACUGAAACAAAUGGGUUCCCUUGCUUCUGCUUUAACAGCAUUGCAUAUGGAAUACAGUGAUCACCUCACAUACAUGCCUGGAAUGGCUCCUGGAUCUGCUAAUGACACCGAUUUUGAACGUGGUGGCAUGCAGACCCUCUCCAUGGAAGACACAGAGACCUUAGAAAACUGCAAAGCUAUGUCUACAAGAGGCGAAUGCCCUCCCUUUAUGGUUGUUUUUGAUUCACGUGAAGGCUAUACCGUGGAGGCUGAUAGCCCAAUCAAGGAUAUGACAUUUAUUGCUGAGUACACUGGUGAUGUGGAUUACAUGAAGAAUCGAGAAUCGGAUGAUGGUGACAGUAUGAUGACACUUCUUCUUUCAAAAGAAGAGUCUCAAAGUCUUGUUAUAUGUGCUGAUAAACGCGGAAACCUCGCUCGCUUUAUCAGUGGCAUCAACAAUCAUACCCUGGAAGGAAGGAAGAAGCAGAACUGUAAAUGUGUAAGAUACAAUGUAAAUGGUCAAUCCCGAGUCUUUUUGGUUGCUAUUCGUGAUAUUGCCGAGGGGGAGAGGCUUUAUUAUGAUUAUAAUGGUUAUGAGCAUGAAUAUCCGACUGAGAAUUUUGUCUAGUGAAGGCAUGCAUAGGUCCCAAUAAUCUAAUUGGGACGCAUUCUAGAUCCUCCUGAAAAGAUUUUAAUUAUAUUCUUGAAAAAAAUUAACUUAUAGUUCUUGUGGAUUCAACAAAAAAUUUCUUAAAUUGUUGCCAUGGGAAAUUUAUGGCAAUUUAUGUUGUAGAGCGAGCCCAAUUAUGCGGCUUAGAGAUGAAUAGAGUAGUAGCCUAGGAAAACUUUCUUCAUUUAGGUGAUAUCUCAAAAUUUGAAGUGAGAUAUUAACAAGAGUUUCAAGGAAUCGAAAAGAUUCUGAGAUUUUACCUUAAUUUAUUACAUUUGAUAUUUAUCUUCUUUUACUCAAUGCUUAUCAUUUACUAUUAUGUUGGUCAAUCCUGUUUUGUAUGCCAACUAAAUCCUUGAGGGAUAUGAAUUUACUUGAAAGUGCUCUUUUAGAUGUAUUUCUCCCUCUUCUUUAAAUGUAAUUUACUUACAUUCAAAAGAAGAUCUUGUCAUGCGU